AUCUAUGGCAUAAUAUUAAAACCAUAGAUUAUACACUUAAUAUGAUUAAAAACAACAAAAAAAAAACCUUUGAAACUAACCUUAAAAAUAGGGACUUUUAUGGACAUUGAGAAGUUUGAAUUAAAAUAUGAAAACUCAGGACAGUUAAAAAUAUCACCAAUACGUAAUAAGCCCAAAAAUUACCUUUUCGCUUAAAACAAAAAAUGGAUGUUGCCGAGCUAUUGACAUUCAAACCUACGCCAACACCAAAACGGCCAAAUGAAGAUGAGAGCGAUGAGGAGGAUCAAGCCAAAAGUGCUAAAAUUCGUCGUACCACCAAACUUAAACAGGAACCUGUACAUUUGAGCAAGAAUAUGUUGAAGGAACCCUCGAUUACUGAUAAAGAACGAGAAGAUAUUCUUAAAUUUGUUGCCACUGAAGUAACAGAGGGAGAAGUACUAGAUGAAACCACAGUGAAGAAACUAGUUCUCAAUUUUGAAAAGAAAGCACUUAGAAAUAGAGAGAUGAGGAUUAAAUUUCCUGAUCAGCCAGACAAGUUUAUGGACAGUGAAAUUGAUUUACAUGAUGCAUUACAGGAUUUAAGUGCUGUCGCAACAGUACCAGACCAGUAUCCUCUGCUUGUGGAAUUAAAGUGUGUGAACUCAUUAUUAGAAUUACUAUCACAUGAUAAUACUGAUGUCUCCACCAAAGUUGUUCAACUGCUACAGGAAAUGACAGAUGUUGACAUACUCCAUGAGAGUGAGGAAGGUGCGGAAGAUUUAAUAAAUGCAAUGGCUGAAGCUGAAGCACCUGCAUUAUUACUACACAACCUGACUCGAUUGGAUGAGCAGGUACCAGAUGAACGAGACGCUGUCCAUAAUACACUGGGUAUUAUUGAAAAUAUCACAGAAUUCAGACCAGAGCUUUGUAUUGAAGUAGCAAAACAAGGAUUUUUACAGUGGAUUCUAAAAAGACUGAAGGUUAAACUGCCUUUUGAUGGGAACAAACUGUAUGCAACAGAAAUUUUAUCUAUAUUACUUCAGAACACUCCCGAAAACAGAAAACUACUGGGAGAACUUGAUGGCAUUGAUGUUUUACUACAACAGCUAGCGUUUUACAAAAGACACGACCCCAGCGGCGCCGAAGAACAAGAGGCGAUGGAGAACAUGUUCGACUCACUGUGCUGCGCGCUCAUGGAGCCCUCCAACCGGGACCGCUUCCUGCGCGGCGAGGGACUGCAACUCAUGAACCUCAUGUUGAGAGAGAAAAAAAUGUCACGAAAUGGUUCUUUGAAAGUACUGGAUCACGCUCUCGUGGGACCCGACGGUCGCGAUAAUUGCAAUAAAUUUGUAGAUAUACUGGGGCUCCGAACUGUGUUUCCACUUUUUAUGAAAACACCCAAAAGAAAACGAUUAUUAACUGUUGAUCAACACGAAGAGCACGUAGUAUCAAUAAUAGCAUCCAUGUUACGAAACUGUCAGGGAAGUCAAAGGCAGAGACUGUUGGCGAAGUUCACUGAAAACGAUCUAGAGAAAGUAGAUCGGUUGUUGGAGCUACAUUUCAAAUACAUGGACAAAGUCGACAGAACCGAAAAAGAUAUGGAGCGUGAAACUGAAGAAUUAGAUGAUGACGCUCAGUAUUUGAAAAGGCUCUCGGGCGGUUUAUUCACAUUGCAACUUAUAGACAGAAUAAUUUUGGAGGUGUGUACGGCCGGUCCGUCGACGAUAAAGCAACGCGUCCAGCGUGUGUUGUCAUUACGAGGCGGCUCCCUCAAGAUUAUCAGACAUGUAAUGAGGGAAUAUGCGGGCAACCUCGGCGACGCUGGAAGCGAGGAGUGGCGGCAACAAGAACAACAGCAUAUAUUGCAACUCGUUGAUAAGUUUUAAUAAUAAAUCUUUCAUAAAAAUAA